AAUACACUAAUUUUAAGGUAUCAAUCGCUAAAACAAAACAAAAUAAGUGAGAAAAAAAAAGGAAAGCAAGCAACAGCCCAUGAACGCAGAAAACGAGCACGCCGUUUCCAAGGUCAUGGCCCUCAAACUCAGGCGUCCAGAUCGCUUCGUAACCGCCUGAUUAAUCCUCCGCUCCUGCAAGAACUGCUGUCCCUGGCCUUCACCUCGCCGGUGAAUCCCAAUUGGGUUGCGAACCCAAUUGGGAAGAAAAAAGAAAUCGGAAUCCAUAAUACUCAGAGGUUGCCUGCUUCGUGUUCGUCGAUUGGAAAAGGCGAAAUUUUGACUGCCUUUGUUGCAGGACUCAGGAGUACAAUCAUGAAGCUGAAAAAUAGAAUCUUCAGGGACGGCGAUCUGAUUUUUGCACCAGGAAGAAAUCUUGGGGCAACAAACGUUCAAAUGGAUUAUGAUGUUAGAGCAAAUCACCCAGCUGUUGUUCAGACAAGAUGCAGGUGGAUUAUUGGAGAUGUAACUGAGGUGUUUGAUCGCAACAUAUGGAAGCUUGGGAAAAUCGCCAAGAUGCUAAAGAACAACUACUUUGUCAUCAGGCUUGCUGACUGCAUCCAACUGAAAGAGUUUCACAUUUCUAGCCUGAGAGUUCCUGCAGCACCUCAUUGCAAGCAGUCUUGUAUGGCAGACAAGAAAUCUGAGGCUAUGAAUCUGAAAACUAAGCUUGCAUCGAGAGGCCAGAUUCCACCUGAUGUUCUGCCAAGAACAUCAAACAAGAAGAGGAAAUCCACUGCAGACACAUCGCUCCAUCCAAGAAAGAGAUCAACACAGCCUGAAAACGCAGCUCGAGCCUGUGUUUUGGAUGCCGCCAUGGCCGGCAACCGCCUCCAUCACAGGCCACCACAGUUCAUCGGAGAAGAGACCGAAUGUUCAGUGGCCAGCUGCAGCGUAAACGACCCAGAAGGCUUCAGCAACGCCAAGAAGCAGCUCCAGUCUUUCGGCUUCCCUGACGACGCCAUGUCUUCAUGCCCAUGCACAUCCAGCAUGGAGGACGCCGGCGGCGUGUCCUCCUCCGCCGGCGGCGAGCCGGCCAUUGCCGUCCACGAGCUGGAGCUGGAGGCGUACCAGUCGACGAUGCGAGCACUGUACGCGUCGGGGCCACUGACGUGGGAGCAGGAGUCGCUGCUGACGAAUCUGCGCCUGUCUCUGAACAUCUCCAACGAGGAGCACUUGCUGCAGCUCAGGCGUCUCCUGUCCUCGCGAUGACCUGCUCUUUCUUUCUACUGAUCAGGCCGGCCUUCUCCAGCUUCAGGUUAAUUACCCGAGAGAUUAAACCUCUUGUUUGCAAGUUGCAACAGCAAUGUUGUUGUGCUCUUUCAAAUUUUUACACUUGUUACCUUCUUCUCCAUCUCGUGUAGUUCAUGUAGAACUGUGUCACUGUGGAGAUAUAUAUACACAGAUAGAACACUGUGUUCUUGUCCUCGGCUCAUUGCAUUCCUAAGAUAUAUCUUUCAAGCUUCUUUGGAAGGCAAUAACUU